GAGGAGCAUAAAUAGCUUGAAUGAAUCGGGGCACUCUGAAUCAAUCAUCGAUGGGUUCGUGUUGGUCGCCUUCAAAACGCGUCGAAUCCCAUUGUUUAAAAUGAUAAGAGCCGUUUCUCGUGCAGUUUGAUUUUUCCUCCUCCGUAAUGGGUCGACGAAUAGACAAUUGUGUGGUUCCGACAAUUUUCUCCGGCGGCGCCGGAACAGUUCCGAAUUCCGGCGUGAGGCGCAUGGAAGUUAAACGUGUGCUUCGGUGACAGUAAUUACACAUCGCGCUGAUUAUUAUCUUGCUCUACACCGAGGGAUUCCAACCGACGACGGAGAAAGAUGUUUUUCAAAAUCUCCAAGGGCAUCCGCCGACAGUUACUAGCGGCUUUUUGCUGUUGCAUCGGUGCGAUGACUCUAGGCGCAAUCGCAGGAUGGUCAGCGGCCGCAUUCCCUAAAAUCCGGAACAACGAGCUGGAGUUCCGGCUCUCCUUGUUCCAAGAAGCCUGGGUGAUCAACGCCUUCUACAUCGGGAUCAUGAUGGGCCCCCUCCCGGCCGGGAUCAUGAUGGACGCCAUCGGGCGGAAGUCCACGCUCCUCUUCUUCAGCACCUUCGCCAUCACCAACUGGACCCUGGUCACCCUCGCCUACCACGAGCACAUGCUCUACCUGGCCCGCUUCUGCGCCGGGCUCUGGGCCGGCAGCGUCACUACGGUCGUCCCCGCCUUCCUCGCCGAGGUCCUCCAGCCCAACGUCCGUGGGAGCCUCGGCACCAUGUACUUCAUCAUGUACUUCGCCGGGAACCUCUACGAGUACAUAAUCGGGCCCUACGUGACCUACUUCACCUUCGGCAUCAGCUCCGGGCUCCUGUGCUUCGUCUUCGCCACGAGCUUCGUCUUCAUCCCGGAAACGCCCUACUACUACAUAAUGAAAGGGAAGCGGAAAAAGGCCGAGGCCUCCCUGCGCUGGCUCCGCGGCGACGAGGAUGUGAGCGCCGAGCUCGAGAGCAUCCAAACCUACGUUAAAACUUUCAUGAAGCGCCGGGGCAGGUUCAAAGAGCUCAUCCUCAACGAGAACUACCGCGCGGCAUUCAUAAACGUCCAGGCGGUUUAUUUCAUUCAGAAGCUCUGCGGAAUGUUCACCGUCCUGGCGUACUUGACUUUGAUCAUCCCCAGCCAGGUGGGGCCGCUCUCCCCCGAACACUGCACCCUGAUCACGGGCGUCGUCCUGUGGCUUUCCGUCUUCGUCGCCACCUCCUUGAUCGACCGCGUCGGCAGGAAGCCCCUCUUCGUCAUCUCCAAUAUCGGCAUCAUAAUCACGAUGACCAUCACCGGCGUGUGGUACUUUUUGAACGUCCAUUCGGAUAUGGAUCUCUCCAGCACCACUUGGAUCCCCUUCUCGGGUCUCCUACUUUACGGUGUUUCAUUUUGCCUCGGCGUCGGGCCCAUCGCGUCUCUCUAUCAAGGGGAGGUUUUGCCUUCCAACAUCAAAGCCCGGGCCUCUACCGUCACGGCAAUCAUCUCCGCGUUUGCCUCCAUUCUCAACACCACUUUGUUCGCAAUUUGUGCCAGUUAUAUCGGAAUGUACAUCAACUUCUUCUUGUUCGCGCUCACCUCAGUGUUCGCUCUGUAUUUUGCUCAGUACCACUUCAUCGAGACCAAGGGCAAAACCCUGCAGGAGAUUCAAGAGGAGCUCAGGAAAAAACCAGGUUUCAGUCGGGAGACUUCUGUUAACAGUAAUUAUUCUACGGUGAGCUCCCUUCCGGCUAUCUACACUGUACCCAUCGCGCGGACUCACUCCCUUGAAAAAUCCGCCAUCGCUAAUUCUCUCGCCAAGAAUGCAUGAAGGCUUCAUGAUGCUGAACGAUUAUUACGGUUGCGCAAGAAUGAAUACUCAAAAUUUGUUAUUCUUGAUGCAAUGAAAGCGGCAACGGAGCAAUUGAGAAAUUGCAAAGAAAAAGGCGAAAAAGGGCGAAGAAAAAAUAGACAAAUGAGAUGCGAUUGAGCAAUUAGGCGAAUUGUUUUAGUGGAAAUGUAAAUAAAAGAGUAGUUGUUAAUCUUGGCAAUGACUGGAGACCAAUGUAUUUUCAGCACCUUGAAAACUUGAUUGAAAAGCAAUGUUGAUAGAAAACAAGGAGAAAUGAUGAGAGGGUAAAAUUUUAUGAAUGUUAAAUUAAGUUCGCGGGAAACUCGCAAUUAAAACUGGAGUUUCAAUUCAUCUUGGGUUGUUGGAACCAUGAGAUUACGAUUCAUCGUUCAAGUCUCAUUGGAUAUUGUGGUAUUUAUGUCUCAUCGUACCCUGGUUAAUUUGUUGUAUAUUCAUUGAUAAAAAAAAAAAAAAAAAAAAAAAAAAAAAAAAAACUUUUGAUAAGUGUAUGUCUAGUCUAAUUGAAGUUUUAAAACUAUUGUACAUUCUCUCGAAACAUUUUUGCUGAAACAUGCUACAAAGUAGCUAUUUUAGGGCCGAGUUUGAUACUUCAAGCUUCCUCGAUCAUCCUUGGCAUGUUUAGUCAAUUAGUCAUUUACAAUAUCCGCAAAAAAGGUUAAAAAGAUGAGUAAGUAAUUCCACUGAUUGUGAGUUCCUUUGCGACAGGAUAACCCCUUCAGGAAUUUUGUGGGCUCUUAGAGGGGGGAGGGGAGAAAGAGAGGGAGAUAGAGAGAGAGAGAACUCGGAACUGCAUGUGACAAAGACUGAUUAAGAUGGCCACCUGAAAAUGGACCAUCGGGGAAAUUCUAUUUUCUCAUUUUCCAUUUCAUUUCAUUUUAUGGCAAAGGUUCCGAAGCGAGCCUUUGAGCAAAGGAGGAUCCAAAAAUACUGUGGCGUUCCUUCUGAAUAUAAAUCCGCUCGGAUCUCUCUUUCAAAAUUAACACAGUUUGAGGGGUCACGCCGUGUCAAAGCUCACCACAUCAUUAUCCUUUCCGGGUUACAUGUCGAACAUGUACAUUCUCGGAAAAUAAUUUAGCUGGGGCUCAAAGCUCACGCAUAAAUAGCAUGAGUGUCUCAUAAUCUCGUUGCGCAAUGAAACGCUGACACUCUGCUGUGAAAAUGAGUCCUAAUAUUACUCGGAAAGGAAUGUUCAAGGUAGGCUUGGAUCUUGUUCCUGAAAUCGGUACAUUUCGUUCCUAUUUCAUCAUAAUAAAUCUUAAAUCGGAACUUAUUUUAAACUAACCAUCCGGUUACAAAUUUUCAGCAUUUUGUAUUGUUUAAAAGUGUAAAUACGAUAAUAAAAGCCUCGUUAAACUGUU